UGUUGGGGUCGGUCUCCAUGGCGGCGCGGCGCCCGCCCCCGUUAAAAAUCCCCGCCUCGGCGGGGCGGGGACGCUGCUGCUGACGGGAGCCAAGAUGGCGGCGGCCGCCUCGGAGCUGCUGACGGGAUGGUGCCUCUUCGGCCUGGCGCUGCUGGCUAUUCUGAUCUUCUGCUGGGUUUACGUGCGCAAGUAUCAGAGUCGGCGGGAAAGCGAAGUGAUUUCUACCAUAACAGCUAUCUUUGCGUUGGCAGUUGCUCUUAUCUCAUCAGCGCUCCUGCCAGUGGACAUCUUUUUGGUUUCGUAUAUGAAAAAUCCAAAUGGCACGUUUAAGGACUGGGCUGAUGCUAAUGUUUCAAGACAAAUUGAAGAUACUGUACUUUAUGGAUACUACACUUUGUACUCCAUCAUACUGUUCUGCGUCUUUCUGUGGAUUCCCUUUGUCUAUUUCUAUUAUGAGGAGAAGGAAGAAGAUGAUGGAAACACAUGCUCACAGGUUAAAACUGCACUCAAAUAUACUUUGGGAUUCAUCACAAUUUGUGCAGUUCUUCUCUUAAUUGGUGCUUUUGUUCCUUUGAAUAUUCCCAACAAGAAGAAUUCCACAGAGUGGGAGAAAGUGAAGCUCCUGUUUGAAGAAUUUGGAAGUAGUCAUGGCUUGACUGCUCUUUCAUUUUCCAUUAGUUCCUUGACUGUGAUUGGAAUGUUGGCAGCUAUCACUUACACAGCUUAUGGUAUGUCAGCUUUGCCUCUAAACUUGAUAAAAGGAACUACCAGUGCGGCUUAUGAACGUUUAGAGAACACUGAAGAUAUUGAAGAAGUAGAGCAACACUUAUUAAGGAUUAAAUCAAAGUGCAGAGAUGGUCGGCCUUUGGCAUCAAGGGAUAGACGGACUGUACAACAACUGGAAGAGAGACUAAGGACACUUCGAAGAAGAGAGAGGCAUCUGGAGUCUAUUGAGAAAAGCUGGUGGACGAAGUUCUGUGAAGCUAUCCGACCUCUGAAGAUUGUGUGGGGAGUAUUCUUCAUCAUAGUGGCACUGCUCUUCACUGUCUCUCUGUUCUUGUCAAAUUUGGACAAAGCUCUGCAUUCGGCUGGUUUCGACUCAGGAUUUAUAAUUUUAGGAACUAAUCUGACCAAUCCAUUGAAUAUGCUGUUACCUAUUCUUCAAACAGUUUUUCCACUGGAUUAUAUUCUUAUUACAACUAUUGUUAUGUACUUUAUCUUCACUUCAAUGGCAGGGAUUCGAAAUAUGGGUAUAUGGUUCUUCUGGAUAAGGCUUUAUAAAAUCAGGAGAGGAAAAACUCGACCUCAAGCACUCUUGUUUCUCUGCAUGAUACUUCUGUUGAUAGUUCUUCAUACAAGUUAUAUGAUCUACAGUCUUGCCCCUCAGUAUGUAAUGUAUGGAAGCCAAAAAUACCUGGUACAGAGUAAUAAAACUACUGAUGGCCAGCCAAGGAAUGUGACAUUUGUAUCUAAAGAAUGUGAUGCAGAUGCACCUGAAGAUCAGUGUAUCGUUACUCGGACGUACCUCUUUCUUCAUAAAUUUUGGUUCUUCAGUGCUGCCUAUUACUUUGGGAACUGGGCAUUCAUUGUAGUCUUUUUAAUUGGAUUAAUUGUUUCAUGCUGUAAAGGCAAGAAAUCAGUAAUUGAAGGUGAAGUGGAUGAAGAUGAUUCAGACAUGAGUGAUGAUGAACUGUCUGUUUAUUACCGUUGAUAGCCUUUUGCCUUCAAGAUGGAAAAACGUAAUUUAAAGUUAUGUUGGAAGUCAUACCCAUGUGGAUUUGGUAUCCAAAAAAGCAUCCUUGCACCUGUAAACAUAGAGAAAAUAAGUGUACUCACUUAAAGGGGUAAAAAACUGAAUAUCACUUUUUGAGUAUCACUGUUGUAUCAGAACAAAUAUUGAAGCUGGGUUUGAAUAAUAUCUAGAAAAUACUGUUUUAUGAUUAAAUGUAUAUGUAACUUUCUGAUGUAAAAUUUGAUGAGCUGUUGUAACUAUUUCAUAAUUCAUGAUGCUUUUCUGUUAACUAAAGUUUUCUUAAAUACUUUCAUGCC